AUGGCCAAGAAAAUCAGUUUCAACACUCAAAUCUCAGGCAGAGUUCGUCUCGCCACAGAAUCAGACGUGCCACAUCUCCACAAACUCAUGUAUCAAAUGGCAAAAUAUCACAACUAUACUAAGGUCUUUAACGCUACUGAGGCUUCUAUCUCUACCAAUCUUUUCAUGUCCAAUCCUUGCCCGCCUUUCUACUCAGUGACCGCAUUCAUUCUUGAAGUCUCACCCAACAAUUUUCCUCAAAAAACCACUAAAAAUUCCAUUUUUGACCCAAUUCAGAAAACCAUUAAUCUUGACUCACCUGUAGUAGACCCAGAAUCAGAGCUGUUUAGAACCAAUGAAGAUGAUAUUUUCAUAGCUAGUUAUAUCCUAUUUUUUCCUAGCUAUUCAGCGCAGGCGGCUAAAAUGGGGUUCUCCACAGUUGAUUGGCUUACAGUUGGGUGGAAUGUUGAUGCCAUUGAUUUCUAUGUUGGAAUGGGGGCGUAUAUUAUGGACGAUGUCAAGCGUUUUAGGCUUUCUGGUGAAGGACUUGAUGCAUUUGCUUCAAGUGAGGAUGCUGACAAGUUUAGAUAA